CUUCCGUGGUGUGUCGAUACGCUUGGCCCAGGCCUCGGAUCAGAGCGGAGUACGAUCGGAUUUACCGCGUAUUACGGGCUAUCGGCUGAUCCCCCGGGGCCUGCAUGUCACAGCGCUGGGUGCAGUGACCAUGGCAGACGCUACAUUGGAAGAGUUAAAGAAGUUAGAGUACCUCUCUCUGGUCUCUAAAGUGUGCACCGAGCUGGAUAACCAUCUGGGGAUCAAUGACAAAGACCUGGCCGAGUUUGUGAUCGACAUUGCAGAGAAGGCCACCACCUUUGAGGCCUUUAAAUCCGCUCUAGAGAAAAAUGGAGCAGAGUUCACUGAUUCCCUGGUUGGCAAUCUCCUGCGUUUGAUCCAGACUAUGAGACCUCCAGCCAAGCAGUCCACGAGUAAAGAAGCUCAUGUUAAACCCAAAUCUGAGAAGGAAAAGAUAAAAGACUUAUUUCCAGUUCUCUGCAUGCCAGAUAACCCCUGUGUCAGGAAAAUGUUGGAUCCAGAGGACGUUAAGGUAGCUACUGACGCACUGGAAGAGCUUGAAGCUCUCAUGCCAAGUCAAAGAGAGGAGAAGGAACGCAACAGUAAAGGCAAAAGUAAGAAAAAAAAGAGAGACCGCAGCCGUAGCAGGGAGAGGGGUCAGAAACAUAAGUACAGGAGCCGUUCUAGAUCACGUUCCAGGUCCAGGGGCCACAAGAGACAUAGAUCCAAAAGUCGUAGUCCCAGCAAGGAUCAUAGGGCUCGUGAAGAAAAGACCAGCGAGAGAUGGAAAGAGAAACAUGUGGAUAGACCUCCUCCUGAAGAGCCAGCAAUAGGUGAUAUUUAUAAUGGAAAAGUCACAAGUAUCUUGCAGUUUGGGUGCUUUGUACAGCUGGAAGGACUAAGAAAACGUUGGGAGGGUUUGGUCCAUAUAUCCGAGCUAAGAAGGGAAGGACGUGUUGCAAAUGUUGCUGAUGUUGUUAGCAAAGGUCAAAGAGUAAAGGUGAAGGUGCUGUCCUUCACUGGAUGCAAAACAAGCCUCAGCAUGAAGGAUGUUGAUCAAGACACUGGAGAAGACAUGAAUCCUAACAGACGUAGGAAUCUUGUCGGUGAAAGUAAUGAAGAGGCCUCCAUGAGGAACCCUGAUAGACCCAGCCACCUGUCAUUGGUAAAUGCACCUGAAGUUGAAGACGAUACUCUUGAAAGAAAACGUUUGACUAAGAUCUCUGACCCUGAGAAGUGGGAGAUAAAACAGAUGAUUGCUGCCAAUGUUCUUUCUAAAGAAGAAUUUCCUGAUUUUGAUGAAGAGACUGGAAUUCUUCCCAAAGUGGAUGAUGAAGAAGAUGAAGAUCUGGAGAUUGAACUAGUGGAAGAGGAGCCCCCAUUCCUCAGAGGUCACACUAAACAGAGUAUGGACAUGAGUCCUAUUAAAAUAGUGAAGAAUCCUGAUGGCUCUCUUUCUCAGGCAGCCAUGAUGCAGAGUGCACUUGCUAAAGAAAGAAGAGAAAUGAAACAAGCUCAGCGGGAAGCUGAGAUGGACUCUAUUCCGAUGGGGCUAAACAAACACUGGGUCGAUCCACUUCCUGAUGUUGAUGGCAGACAAAUUGCAGCCAACAUGAGAGGUAUCGGGAUGAUGCCAAAUGACAUUCCUGAGUGGAAGAAACAUGCUUUUGGGGGAAACAAAGCAUCUUAUGGGAAAAAGACACAGAUGUCCAUCCUGGAACAAAGGGAGAGUCUUCCAAUAUAUAAACUAAAAGAACAACUGGUGCAGGCUGUUCAUGACAAUCAGAUACUCAUCGUCAUUGGUGAAACUGGCUCUGGGAAAACUACCCAGAUAACCCAGUAUUUGGCUGAAGCUGGCUAUACAACAAGAGGGAAGAUUGGAUGUACACAACCUAGAAGAGUAGCUGCAAUGUCUGUUGCCAAACGAGUAUCCGAAGAAUAUGGUUGCUGCUUGGGUCAGGAAGUUGGAUAUACAAUUCGUUUUGAGGACUGUACGAGCCCAGAAACUGUUAUAAAAUACAUGACAGAUGGUAUGUUAUUAAGGGAAUGUCUAAUUGACCCUGAUCUGACACAGUAUGCCAUCAUUAUGUUGGAUGAGGCCCAUGAAAGAACAAUUCACACAGAUGUACUCUUUGGCCUCCUGAAAAAGACUGUCCAAAAACGCCCAGAUAUGAAACUUAUUGUCACAUCAGCAACAUUGGAUGCAGUGAAAUUCUCUCAGUAUUUCUAUGAAGCUCCCAUUUUUACAAUUCCUGGACGGACGUAUCCAGUUGAGAUCUUAUACACAAAAGAGCCUGAGACAGACUACCUGGACGCUAGCCUUAUCACAGUUAUGCAAAUACAUUUGACUGAACCUCCAGGUGAUAUUUUGGUUUUUUUAACUGGUCAAGAAGAAAUUGAUACUGCUUGUGAAAUCUUAUAUGAAAGAAUGAAAUCUCUUGGACCUGAUGUACCUGAGCUGAUCAUUCUCCCAGUUUAUUCAGCAUUACCCAGUGAGAUGCAGACAAGGAUCUUUGAUCCAGCUCCUCCGGGGAGCAGAAAGGUUGUCAUUGCUACAAACAUUGCAGAAACUUCACUUACUAUUGAUGGAAUUUAUUAUGUGGUAGACCCUGGUUUUGUGAAGCAGAAAGUUUACAACUCCAAGACAGGAAUUGAUCAGCUCGUUGUUACUCCUAUCUCCCAAGCACAAGCCAAACAACGAGCUGGGAGAGCUGGACGAACAGGUCCAGGCAAGUGUUACAGACUUUACACUGAGCGUGCCUACCGAGAUGAAAUGCUGACCACCAAUGUGCCUGAAAUUCAAAGAACCAACUUGGCCAGCACAGUUCUGUCUCUGAAGGCCAUGGGAAUCAAUGAUUUGCUAUCAUUUGACUUUAUGGAUGCACCUCCCAUGGAGACGUUAAUCACAGCCAUGGAACAGCUUUACACACUUGGUGCACUGGAUGAUGAAGGCCUGCUAACACGGCUGGGGCGCAGGAUGGCAGAAUUUCCCCUGGAGCCCAUGCUGUGUAAGAUGUUAAUCAUGUCUGUACAUCUAGGCUGCAGUGAAGAGAUGUUAACUAUAGUCUCAAUGUUGUCUGUCCAGAAUGUGUUUUACAGACCAAAGGACAAACAAGCUCUUGCUGACCAGAAAAAAGCCAAAUUCCACCAGACAGAAGGGGACCACCUAACAUUGCUUGCUGUUUAUAAUUCAUGGAAAAACAACAAAUUUUCUAACCCCUGGUGUUAUGAAAAUUUCAUUCAGGCCCGUUCUUUGCGACGAGCUCAGGAUAUCCGCAAACAGAUGUUGGGCAUUAUGGACCGUCAUAAACUGGAUGUUGUAUCCUGUGGAAAAGCUACAGUAAGGGUCCAGAAAGCUAUAUGCAGUGGUUUCUUCAGAAAUGCAGCAAAGAAGGACCCGCAAGAAGGUUACCGGACCCUUAUAGACCAACAAGUUGUUUACAUUCACCCCUCUAGUGCUCUAUUCAAUAGGCAACCUGAAUGGGUUGUUUAUCAUGAACUUGUUCUAACGACCAAGGAAUACAUGCGAGAAGUAACUACCAUAGAUCCCCGCUGGCUUGUAGAGUUUGCACCGGCUUUCUUCAAGGUGUCUGAUCCAACCAAACUCAGCAAGCAGAAGAAACAACAAAGAUUGGAGCCUCUUUACAACCGCUAUGAGGAACCCAAUGCUUGGCGUAUUUCCCGAGCCUUCAGGCGCCGGUAAUGGGGUUACAAGCAAAGAGUGUAUUUCUUUGAUCUUGAGGUUUUUCGUACCUGAUGUAAAGUUCUGACACUAUCAAAAAUCCACACCGAACUUGAUUGAUUUUCAAAAGAAAUUCUAAAGUGUAAAUAUGUUAGCUGCAGAUAGUAUGUAAAGGCUAUGUUCUAUUUUUUGUUUUUCUGCAUAGCAUAGAUUGUAUUCAUUUAGUAAGCUGCCUGCAGUGUUUUCCAUUUUUGUAAGCUAUUCUUUUGUAAAAUUUCCUUAUUCACUAAAUUGUGAAUUGUUGGGAAGUCAGAGUGAAUUCAAAGUUCAUUUCAAAUUUCAGGUCCAAAUAGCUGAACUGAAAAAAAUGUGUUAAAGGAACACUAUAGUGUCAGGAAUACAAACAUAUAUUUCUGACACUAUAGUUCUAAAACCGCUGUUUAGAUGUUUGGUCCCCGGUUAAAAAAAAAAGUUAUUUUACUUGCCUUAUUUCCAGCACCGGUCAUAUCUCAGCUGGCCCCACCACCUUGCCUGAUUCGCUGAGAUCAUCAGAUUUGAUGGUCUCAGUCAAUCCAAUUCUUCUGUAUAGGAAAGUGUUUGGAGAACAUUGCGCAUGCAUGGCAAAAGGCUGUGCUGCGCCAACCAGCAUCUCCUCAUAGAGAUGCAUUAAUCAGUGCACCUCUAUUGGGAGUGUUUUAGAUUUUCCAUGCUAUGGAGAUGCUGAACUUCAGUGCUGCACUGACCCAGGAAGCACCUCUAGUGGGCAUCUGAGUGACUGCCACUAGAAAUGUUACUUGGGAAUAAUGUAAAUGUUUACAUUAGAAAGUCUGCAGGAGCAGGCUGUAGACACCAGAACAAUUACAUUAAACUGUAGUUGUUCUGGUUACUUCGUGUCUCUAAGUCAACUAUGCUUUCGUUUGAGAUAUUCUGGCCUUAAAUUUGAAAUCUACUUUGAAUUCUCUCUUCAAUAAGUAAGCCUGCUAGAAUUCCUGACAAAUCACACUUUAGUCAAUAAUCCUGUCUGGGUGCCCUGCAUUUCAUCUUGUUACAUUUACAGCCAAUGUAGUGGGUCUUCUGCGGGUCUGUAUAAUUAUACAUACACACAAUUCUCUGAUACUCAGUUACUUGCAUCUGAUCAAUGCCCAAUUUUUUGAGACGUUAAAAGGGCUUUCUAAGCAUCUUAACCAUUGAUCCGGGAGACCCACUGGUGCUAUCCCACAGAAUGAGAUCAAAUUUUUUGUGAAUGGUUUGACACAUGGGUCCCCUCAAUCACCAAUGCAGCUUCCAGUUCUUCUGAGGGAUAGCGCCAGGGGCUCCUGCAGUGAUUAUGGUGUGUAGUGUUUCUUUAAGAAAGAAAAUAAUUAAUCAAGUGGCGUACACCAGAAGUGCAGUUUGCGUGUGACAUAAUCUAUGUGUCAAUUUUCAAUUCUAACCAGGAUUUUACUCAGGUGAGGAUUGAAACAGUGACUCAUAAAAUGUGUAAUGUACGGAUUGCAUUUGUGUUGUAAGUUAUUUGGUUUUAUUUGAUAUAAAAAAAAAAACUAAAAUGAUGUCAUAAUGUAUUGGUUUUAGGAGUAUGUAUGCAUUUUGUUUUAUUCAAAUGAAUUGCCUUCAUUUUACUUAUCCUCAUUCUAGGAACCUACAUUGUUUGUGGAUGAGUAUGUAACAGUUCUUUGAUAAUAAUCAUACAUGUUCAUUGAAUGUAUAUAUAUAUAUAUAUAUAUUUGUAUAUCUUUGUUUAUGCAAAUAAAAUAUCCUGACCCAAA